AUGGCGACGUCGACCGCUUCGUCGACGGCGACGCCGACGCGUCGACCCAAAGUCCGAGCGCGCGGUCGUCCGCGACGCGACGGACGCGCGACGGCGCGCGCGGUCGGUCCCGGCGGCGGUGACGCGGACACCAUCGUCGGCGUCGCCACGGCGACCGCGGGCGCGGUGGGGGGGGUCGCGAUCGUGCGCCUGAGCGGCCCGAACGCGUUGACGAUCGCGAGCGACGUCUUCGCGGUCGGGCGGGGGGGGAAGGGCGUGGAGACGUGGGAGAGUCAUCGCGCGACGUACGGACGGGUGACGGAGGCGGACGGACGGGCGAUCGAUGAGGCGAUCGCGAUCGCGUUCAUCGCGCCGAGAAGUUACACGGCGGAGGAUGUGGUGGAGUUGCACUGUCACGGGGGGGCGGUGUGCGUGCAGAGGACGUUGAUGCGGUGUCGGGAACUCGGCGCGCGGACGGCGCGGAGAGGCGAGUUUACGUUGAGAGCGUUCUUGAACGGACGGUUGGAUUUAGCGCAGGCGGAGGCGGUGCACGCGCUCGUGAGCGCGCGAACGACGGCGGGGGCGGAUAGCGCGUUGGCGGCGAUGCGGGGGGGGCUGACGACGCCCGUGAGCGAGGCGCGGCGGACGUGCGUCGAUUUGCUCGCCGAGCUCGAGGCGCGACUGGAUUUUGACGACGAGAUGGUGCCUUUAGACGUCGAAGCUAUCGAGAGAAAGGCGAGUGAGGCGCGGGAAAAAAUUCGUGAGGUCUUGCAAACGGCCAAGCGCGGUGCCUUGCUCGAGACCGGGGUCACGGUGGCGAUUUUGGGACGACCAAACGUCGGCAAAUCCCGGUUGCUCAACGCGCUCACGCGAAGCGAGCGCUCUAUCGUGACCUCUCGAGAGGGAACGACGCGAGACGUCGUCGAGGCGUCGAUGAACGUCGCCGGUAUUCCCGUCGUCCUACUCGACACCGCUGGGAUUCGUAGUGAGACGGAUGACGAAGUUGAGCAAAUCGGCGUCGAGCGCUCGAGAGCCGCCGCCGCGGGAGCGGACGUCGUCGCUCUCGUGGUCGACGCCUCGCGAGGAUGGGUGAGUGAGGAUUAUGAUAUCUGGAAGAGUGAGAUUGCGGCGAACGAGCGCGCGCGCGGAGCGGCGAUUCUCGUCAUCAACAAGACGGAUGUCGCCGACGCGGAAAACGCGACACCGCCCGCGGACGUCGUCGAUAGCUUUAGUGACGUGGUUCGCAUCAGCGCCGCGACGGGUGAUAACCUCGUCGAGUUGGAGAGAGCACUCGCGCGCUGCAUAACCGGAGACGUCGUGAACACCGAGAGCGAGUCCUGGGCGGUGAACCAGCGCCAGGCGGAGGCUUUGCACGUCGCCCUGGACUCGCUCGAUCGACUCCGAGACACCAUCGACGCGGACAUGCCGCUGGAUUUCUGGACCAUCGACUUGCGCGAGGCCGCAUUCGCCCUCGGCACCGUCACGGGCGAGGACGUUACCGAGGAUGUCCUGGACACAAUCUUUGAGCGCUUUUGUAUCGGCAAGUGA